AAAGAGAGUGAGAGAGUGAUACAGAGAGAGAAAAAAAAAACACACACACUUAGGGGCGUGUCACCUGCAAUUAGUUCCUCAAGGAAGUAGAAGUCAGAUUAUCUUGACGGCGAGCUGCAGAGAGAGAGAGCACAGCGGUGCAGCUGUGUGGAUCCUUCCCUUACCGCCUCGCACACGGGCACCGCUUCCACUGAGCAGCGACCGAAGACCUGAAUGCUGAUCACCUGACCAGCGCUGAUCACAGAGCAGGAGAGAGGGAGACCCGCAGACACGCAGCUUCAAUGGAGACCUUCAACUCCAAAGACUUGGCCAUGAAGGCCCAGAAGAAGAUCUUCAGCUCCAUGGCCAACAAGUCGAUGGUGCACAUGUUCAUCGAUGACACCAGCAGCGAGAUCCUGGACGAGCUGUACCGUGUCUCCAAGGAGCACACAGGCAACAAGACCGAGGCCCAGAAGGUGGUGAAGAACCUGAUCAAGGUGGCAGUGAAGAUCGGCGUGCUUUACCGCCACAACCGCUUCAGCACCGAGGAGCUGGGCAUGGCCCAGGACUUCAAGAAGAAGCUGCACCAGGGCGCCAUGACCGCCAUCAGCUUCCACGAGGUGGAGUUCACCUUCGACAAGGCCGUGAUGUCUGAGAUCCUGACGGACUGCCGGGACACAGUCCUCAAGCUAGUGGAGAAGCACCUCACGCCCAAAUCCCUGGGGCGCAUCAACCACGUCUUCAACCACUACGCCGACCCCGAGCUGCUGACCCACCUGUACAGCCCAGAGGGGUCAAUGCGGGCCCACCUCACCAAGAUCUGCACCGGUCUCAACAAGCUGGUGGAGGAGGGCAAGCUAUGAGCCGCCGGCGUCUCGCGUCAGACUGGAGGGAGUCGGGCCGGAGGGGGACCCAGGGACAGCCCAGGGGGGAGAGGUCGAAGGCCCCACCCUCCUUGCCUGACAUGGGGGGGAAGUCUGUGGUCAAGCAGCAGGCUGGAUCUGUCCUGUCUGUCAAACGCAAGACCCGGGACAUGACGCCCAAAGAGGAUUUCCCAUAGCGAGAGACAAUGAGCUCAUUUUGUCCCGUCUGUUAUGUGUGGGUGUGACAUCGUACCCUGCGUGGUCGGUAAAUGUUGGGACAAUUGGAUGGUAAUCCGCAUCCCUGGUUGUUGGAGCCACUCUGAACUGCUCUUAUCUCUAUUUCUCUCUUAUCAGUUACAAUAAGGCUUUUUUUCUUUUUGAUUUUGGACAAUUACACUUGAGGCUGCAAUCUUAUGAUUAACAAAGCAACUUGUACCCUGCAGAUUUUAUACUGUGCAAAGGAAUUGUUUGUAUGAACAGUAUACCUACAGUAUGAGAACAUAAAGUGACUUUAUUCAGUAAGGGCCUCUGUAACAGUGAGGUAUUUGUCCUAGGAAGCCAAGCCAAUGAUUUUCAAAGGUUGUGAUUUUUCACGGAAAACUUUGAAAGCUUGGGUAGAUAAUGUACGAAUUACAUGAUUAAAUGAUUUUCAGUAUAAACAUUAAAGGACAUAUUAGUAAGCAAGAAAACGAUAAAGCCUGGGAAGUUGAAAGUGGAAACAAAACUGUACUGCCCUCUAGUGUUGGACUGAAGUGUUACAAGUGUUCUUUACAUGUGGAUUGCCCAGAAAUAACGCCUGAUAUUUUUUGCUUUGUUGUUAAGGGGUGGCAUGGGAAACAAAAAUCUGUCAAAGAGAACUGAAGCAUAUCUAUAGAAUUAUAUACUACAUGUGCAUUCAUGUACAUGAAGUAAAAUCUAUACAACAUAAAUCUAUGUUUUGUUUUGUGUUUAUUUUUAUAAAAUAUGAGGCAUUACAUUCUGGCA